AUGUCGUCGCUGCGGGGGCGCAAGGGCGGGCGCGGUGGGAAGGGGCGCGUGCUGGAUCGGCGAAACAUGGUGAUGCUGUCGGAGAUGCCGGACGUUCCCCUGAAGGGCCACCCGCUCGACCCCGACGUCCUGGUUGCGGACGCGGGAGCGCUCACUUCGACACAGCUCCAAAUACUGAUCGAGAACCAGCGGAAGCGGCAGGCGCUCCAGCAGGCCAAGUCGAAGCUCUUUGAGCUGCGGGAGGAGCACUCCAAGCUGCAGACGAGCCACGAGGCGGACCUGGACGAGCAGUACGACGUCCUCGAGUACCUCCACCACGACAACCAGGAAAAGGAGAAGCGGAUAGCGGAGUUGGAGCGCGUGGUGCGCGAGAGGGAGCGCGAGGCCGCCGAGAGCCAGACCCGCGUGGCGGAGGAGGGGCGCAAGGAGCGCGAACGGCUGGAGCGGAAGCACGGGCUGGAGAUGUCGAAGAUUAUCCGGCAGGUGGAGGAGCUGAAGGCGACGAUUCAGGAGCUGGAGGGGUUCGGGGCGGAGCGCGACGGCCUGGUGCGACGCGUGGCGGAGCUCGAGGCGGAGCUGACGCAGGAGCGGAACAACCGGCUGCAGCAGGGGAUGAAGCUGGAGCGCAAGUACAUUCGCCAGAACCUGUCGAUGAAGGCGGACUACGAGGCGAAGAUGGACGAGACGGUGCGGGAGCUGCAGAGCAAGCUGGACGAGCGGCUCUCCGCGCGCGUCCUGGGCGUCCUGAACCAGAACGAGAUGCUCCGGAAGGAGCUCGAGGCGUGCCAGGACGCGGCGGACGACCUCCGGGACCGCUGCGAGGACCUCGAGGCCGAGCGCGACAGGCUCGCUAGCGACAUGCAGCUGCGCAACGACCUCGCGUCGCAGGAGGCCAAGGCGCGUUCGAGCCAGGCGCGCGAGCUGCGCGAGGCGGAGGCCGCGCUGAAGGACGCGGAGUCGCGGCUGGCGCAGCUGGCGGACGCGGCGACGCGGGGCCAGGCGCGGCUGGAGUCCGAGGCGCGGGAGCGCGAGGAGGCUCUGCGGCGCGAGCUGGACUCGAUGCAGAUGCGGAUGCGCGCCGCGGAGGAGGACGCUGCCAGUGUGCGUGCGCUGGCGCAGGAGGUGCUGGCGCAGCGCGGCGACGUGGAGGCGUUCCUGCUGUCGAGCCUGAGCCAGAUCCGGCGCGAGAUGGACGCGGAGCGGUCGAGCGGGGCGCUGGGCGGCGGCGGCGGGCCGUGGGGCGGCUCAUCGCGGGGCAGCGAGAAGUCGGCGCCAGGUAGCAGGGCCGGGAGCGCGCUGGAGAGCUCGCCGUCGCGCGUGGACAUCGCGAAGCUGUCGUGGGAGGAGCGGGAGCGCGUGCUGCGGCUGCUGUUCAUGAAGGUGAACGCGAAGGAGCACCUGAGCAGGCAGCAGCGGGCGGCGGCGGCGGCGGGGGGUGUGCCGGGCGGCACGAUGACGUCGCAGGCGAGCUCGGCGCUGCCGUCGAUACGGAUACCGUCGAUGCCGUCGUGA